AUGGCCGAACCAGCUUUCACUCAAGAAGUAGCUGAGAAAACAUCCACUAUCGCUCUUUCACCCGAGAAGGAAGCCGUGUACGAGCGAAUCACCAGAACUUUGCAAGAAUACACUGGAGGUGAUAUCAUAAGAAAGGUUUUGGCCGAUGGAGAGGUACCGAGGGCCUAUUGGGGUUCCGCAACUACUGGACGACCACAUAUCGCUUACUGUGUACCUCUCGUAAAAAUUGCGGAUUUCUUGACUGCUGGUGUACAUGUCAAGAUUCUUCUUGCAGGUAAGCUGUUCAGUGCUCAAUUUGAUAAGAAUCUCCAUGCAUUCCUUGAUGCUUCCAAAUCUACGCUUCAAACCGUCCAAUACCGAGUCAAGUACUAUUCUAAACUCCUCAAAACUGUCUUUACCGUCCUCGGUGUACCUGUAGAUAAGCUAGAAUUCGUGACUGGAACUAGCUAUCAACUCAAAGCGGACUACACUUUAGAUGUAUACAAAUUCCACGCUCUUACUUCAACAAGAGAAGCUGAACAUGCAGGUGCUGAUGUAGUCAAGGAAUCUGAAUCUCCUUUGAUGAGCAGUCUGCUUUACCCUGGUCUUCAAGCCCUAGAUGAGCAGUACUUGGACGUUCAUUUCCAAUUCGGUGGCGUUGAUCAGCGAAAGAUCUUCAUGUACGCUGCUCAUUUCCUUCCCCGACUUGGAUACGCCAAACGAGCACAUCUCAUGAAUGCGAUGGUCCCUGGAUUAUCAGGAGGUAAAAUGUCAUCAUCUGAUCCUAGAUCCAAGAUUGAUUUCCUCGACUCAGCAGCUGAAGUGAAGUCCAAGAUUAAAGCAGCGUUAUGUCCACCUGGAGAAGUAGAAAACAACGGUGUAUUAGCAUUCAUCAAAGCUGUCCUUAUACCUAUCUCAGCAUUAAGAAUCGAACAAGCUUUCAAUAAAGGAGAAAAUGCUCCAGUUGGAGAAGGAAGCUUUGUUAAUGUUGGUGCACCAGAUGGUACUCUAUUCAGUAUUACAAGACCUGAAAAAUUCGGUGGUGAUAUUCAUUUCUCAAGUUACGAAGAAUUAGAAAAAGCUUAUGUAGCUGAACAAGUACAUCCUGGUGACUUGAAAUCUGGUGUAACGGAUGCUUUGAUCAAUCUAUUAGCUCCUAUAAGAAAAGCAUUUGACGAAGAUGAGGAAUGGCAAGAAGUUGAAAGAUUAGCUUAUCCAGAUCAAUCCGCUGCACCACCUAUUGCUGAUAAAAAAGUUAAAAAGAAGGAUGUGAGGAAAUCCGCUCCCACUGAAGAAGAACGAGCUGCACUCCGAGCUGCCAAAGAGAAAGAAAAGGCCGAAAAAGCAGCUGCUAAAGCUACCGCUGAAGGUCAUCCCCUUAAAGCUGCUCAAGUACAACGAGCUUCUCAAGCUGCGAUUGAUGUCCAACCAGCUUCCGUCGCCAGUGGAAGUGGAUCAUCAACAUCUUGUAUUACCACUACUAAUCUACCAAAACUCAAACUACUCGCUAAAGGCAAAGUAAGAGACAUCUACGCUUUACCUGCGCCUGAAGAUCAGGACAAAUUGCUGUUUGUUGCGACUGAUAGAAUGAGCGCUUUCGACGUUAUUAUGAAUAAUGGUAUUCCGUCCAAAGGUAUCACUCUCACGACCCUCUCUUUGUUCUGGUUCGAUAAACUCAAGGAGGUCAUCCCUAAUCAUGUCCUCACUCCUUCACCCUCGACUUGUCUGGCUUCUCCUGCUGAUGCAUGGUCUGAAUUCCCCCGAUCGUUGGAUGAAUACAGAGAUCAGCUCGAAGGAAGAAGUAUGAUCGUGAAGAAGUGUGAGGUGGUGAAGAUUGAAGCUAUCGUUAGAGGUUACAUCACUGGUUCCGCUUGGUCUGAAUACAAGAAAUCUCAAACGGUCCACGGUAUCGAGAUGCCUGCCGGUCUAGUGGAAUCUCAAAAAUUACCUAAACCUUUAUUCACUCCAUCCACAAAAGCUGAUUUAGGGGAUCACGACGAAAACAUACAUCCCGAUAAAGUCAAGGAUAUCUGUGGACCAGAGCUUGCUGAACAAAUCGAAAGAGUCGCAUUACGACUCUAUACCGAAGCCUCAGAUUAUGCCGUUCAAAGAGGAUUAAUAUUGGCUGAUACGAAGUUUGAAUUUGGAUUAUUACCUGAUUCUUCAUCCCCUACAGGGUCAAAACUUAUUUUGAUCGACGAAGUUUUGACGCCUGAUUCCUCAAGGUAUUGGGCUUUCGAUGCAUACGUACCUGGUCAACCACAAGCCUCGUUCGAUAAACAAUACUUGAGAGACUGGUUGAUCCAAGGGGGCUUGAAAGCUAAAGAGGACGUUACGUUGCCUGAACAUGUCGUCUCGGAGACUAGGAGCAAAUACGAGGAGGCGAGAGAUCGAGUCAUGUCAUUAGGUAAAUUCGCCAAACACGGUAAAAUCGGAACUCAAGCAGGAGAUGAAAACCUAAGUUUACAAACCGAUCAAGUUGAAGAUGCUAUCCAAGAAGAAUCUGGCAAAACUGGAAAACAUGGUAAAAUAGGUGUUAAAGCUGGAGAUGAAGAUUUACCUUUGCAAACUGAUCAAGUUGAAGAUGCUAUUAAGCAAGAAAGCAAAGCCUUAUAG